AUGGCCGAUCUCGACAAAUUGAGGAAGCAAAGGGGCUAUGUCAAGGGCAAGCUAACGAGACUAGAAAACGCUCUAGCACAAGUGCAGAACCAAGCGGCUACGCUCGACAAGGAGGACGCAGAGGUUCAACGGCAGAUCAUCGAGGAAAUCGGCGAGCCAACACAAGCGGACGUCGAGGCAGAGGCGGAAUUCGAGGAAAGAAGCCUAGCCGUACAAGCAACAUUACGACGCAUUAUCAAUGGCGCUAGGAAUGCAAACGCAAGUACAACGGAACACGACACCGUGCUCACGCAAUUAUUACAACGGCAGAUGACGAUGAUGGAGAGAUACGAGACAGGUGGCGCUUCACGAUCACCAACGACACAAGGGUCGGAAGACGACGGUCAUCUAGGGAAUUUGCUACGAGCGCAAACCGAGAUACUACAGCGUCUCUCAGAUGGCGCGACAGAUGGCGUUGUCAGAGGCAGUCGAGUCAAGUUACCAACGAUCAAACUACCAUCGUUCGAUGGAAAGAUCGAAGAAUGGACAAAAUUCUAUGACGCGUUCAUAAAGACAAUACAUAGCAACCAAAUAUUGCCUAACAUUCAGAAAUUCAUCUAUUUGCGAUCGUGCGUCUCAGGUGCGGCCGCAAGGGCAAUCGAAGAUAUCGAGCUGUCCGAUGACAAUUAUACGGUGGCCUGGGAACAACUAAAGAAGCGAUUCGAGGAUUCAGGCGUUAUUAAACGAAGGCAUGUUCAAUGUUUGUUCGAAAUGCCGCUAGUCGAGAAAGAGUCAGCCAGUGCCAUUAUGCAUUUAGUGGACCACGUUAACAAACACACAAGAGUUCUAAAGAGGUUAGGUGCGCCGACCGAUUCAUGGGGCGAUCUACUAUUGCACAUGGUCGAAAGCAAGUUAGAUCGAGUAACUCUACGAGCAUGGGAAGAAAGGGCUAGUAUUCACAACGUCACGUCACACGAUGACGAGGUCGUCAACGGUGAAUCCAAUUUCAAUGCGUUAAUAGACUUUCUUAUUCAACGAUGUCAUGCAUUAGAGCGCAUCGAGAGCAGCAAGGUUAAGGAGAUUUCCAGCGGUGACAAGGGAAAUUUCAAGAAACAAGCGCAAUUCAAGGGCCCUGCGAAGAGUUAUCAACCUAAGAGCAACGUGACAGACAAGGUUACAUCGCUGGCUAGUUCGAUAACAGCAGGGGCAUGUUUUCUAUGUCAAGAGGCACAUCUAUUGUACAAUUGCGACAAGUUUCUCACCAUGACUCCGGAGGAACGUGAACGAGAAGCUCGACGUCUCAGGUUAUGCAUCAAUUGCCUGAGAAACGAUCACUUUACAAGAAGCUGCAAGCACGGAUCUUGUCGAGAGUGUUCGGGCAGGCAUAAUACCCUGUUACAUAGAUCUACGACAGCAAAGCAGCAGAAUACUAUUGAGGCGGCUGAUACUUCCAAUGCUGACAACAGCGCUAAGACAGCUUGUCACUCUAUGGGCGCAACGAGGAAAAACGUAUUCAUGGCUACAGCAAUAGUCGACGCAUCAAAUUCGGAAGGGUAUCGUAUACCGGUUCGCGUGUUAUUGGACAGUGGUAGCGAAGCGAAUUUCAUAACGCACAAUAUAUGUAAUCGAUUAAAUUUAAAACGAAACGCAACGUCAGAAAUCGUGUCGGGUAUAAAUGAUGCUACAUGUCAAGUACGUCAAGUCACUAAUGUUACUAUAAAAUCGAAACAUUCCAAUUUUCAAGUCAACGCGCAAUGUUUUAUUGUUCCAAAAAUAUCUAGCGCUUUACCUUCUAAGGAAAUAGACAAAAACGCAUUGAAUAUUCCGUGUAAUUUAAGAUUGGCUGAUUCAGAAUUCAGUAAGCGUCAUUCCAUAGAUUUGCUCAUUGGAGCAGAAUUUUUCUUUGACUUACUAGAAAACGGGAAAAUCGAGUUAUGCCAAAGCAAGCUUUUCUUACAAAAUACAAAGCUAGGUUGGGUGAUAGCAGGUUCCAUGCCCAGUAACGAGCGCAAGGAUACUAAUAACGUGCAAAUGAUAAAUAUUUUUCAUUGUUCCUUAGCCGAAGAUGAGAACUUAGAUAAAACUAUUAAACAGUUUUGGGAAAUAGAAAACUAUGCUAACUGUACUAAAUCUAAAUGGUCUAACGAAGAAGCGAGAUGCGAGCAAAUAUAUAAGGACACUACUACGCGAGAUGAUCACGGUCGGUUCGUGGUAAGCUUACCAUUUAAAUCCGAGGAUACAACAAUUGGAGAAACUAGAAAUACAGCACUCAAACGUUUAAAUCAGAUCGAGCGACGGUUCAAAAACGAUAAAUUAUAUUACGAGCGAUAUUUACAAUUUAUGCGUGAAUAUUACGAGUUACAGCAUAUGUCUCUAGUCGAAUCUUUCAACGUCAAUGACAACAAGCGUGUUGUUUAUUUGCCUCACCAUGGCGUGGUGAAGGAAACGAGUUCUACAACAAAAUUGCGUGUAGUAUUUAAUGCUUCCAGUAAAGGUAGCACUGGUCGUUCGCUUAACGAUAUCUUAAUGACUGGUCCGAUUUUGCAAGAUAAUUUAAUACCGAUAUUAUUACGUUUUAGGUUUUAUAAUAUAGCUGUUACAGGAGAUUUGGAAAAAAUGUACAGGCAAGUCUCAGUGCGAGAUUGUGAUAGAGAUUAUCAGAGGAUCUUGUGGCGUUUUUCCAUGGACGAGCCAAUCAAGGAGUACAGACUAAAUACUGUUACCUAUGGUCAGGCUAGCGCCUCAUAUUUGGCUAUCAGAAGCGUGCGCCAAUUAGCUGAGGAAUAUGAAGGCUCUUUUCCUUUAGCUGCUAAAUGCGUGUUAAAUGACAUGUAUGUUGACGAUAUUAUCGGCGGAGCUCAAACUAUAGACGAAGCCAAGGAAUUGCAAAGGCAAUUAAUCGAGUUAAUGAGUAAGGGCUGUUUCAAGGUCCACAAGUGGCACUCCAAUGUUACGGGAGCAGUGCACAAUCUAAGCAAGAACGAGAAUCAAGCAACGGUAGAUUUGAAACUCAACGACGUCGUCAGGACUCUAGGUUUGGUUUGGGAACCAAGUACUGAUGUUUUCUUAUUUACAAUCAGGUUUAACAAACAAGUUCGCUCUAAAAGAGAAUUACUUUCUGAGAUCAGUAAAUUAUUUGAUCCACUAGGAUUGUUAGGUCCCGUUAUAACUCUAGCGAAGUUAUUAAUGCAAGAGACCUGGAAGAUAGAAAUCAAUUGGGACUCCGAGCUACCAGCUAGCACACUUAGCAAAUGGGAGAAGCUUCAAAGCGAAUUAUCAAAUUCACCUAUUCUUCGGAUUCCACGCAGGAUUUCUAGCCAGCAUGUAUCACAAAAUUUGAUUUUAUACGGAUUUUGCGAUGCCUCUCAGGACGCGUAUGGGGCAUGCGUUUACGUUAAAAAUUGCGGCAAGGAUGAACAUGUAGCCCAGUUAUUGUGCUCAAAGUCGCGUGUUGCUCCACUUAAAACUAUAUCAAUUCCACGUUUGGAGUUAUGCAGCGCAUUGCUACUGGCACGUCUGAUCGAUCAAAUCAAGCAAGCUUGCAAGUUCGAGUUUUCAAGAGUAUUCGCUUUCACGGAUUCGUUAGUUACAUUAUAUUGGAUACGAGGCGACUUGUCACGAUGGAAGCCAUUUGUUGCAAAUAGGAUCUCUGAGCUAACAGAUCUAUUACCAGUAGAAAUAUGGGCUCACGUGCGAAGUGAAGAUAACCCUGCGGAUGUGUUAUCUAGAGGAGCAUAUCCUACAAUACUUCAAACCUGUAAUCUAUGGUGGGAAGGCCCUCCCUGGAUAUCGAGUAAUUCAGACGAUUUUCAGUCUCAAGGAUAUACGUCUGAAGCACAGGCUGUCGAAACGGAGGAAAUCAAGUCCGAAGAGAGACGAUCUAAAGUAGUUAGUCAUCAUACCAGGAUGCAAGACGCUAUUUUUCAACAUUUAUAUUCGCGCAUUUCAGAUCUAAAUAAAUUGGAACGAGUUCUAGCAUAUUGCCUGCGAUUUAUUUCACGUUGCAAGGCAGGUUCCAAGGAAUCAAGCGAACAAUUGACUAUAGCGGAAAUUGAGACAGCUAGAUCUCACCUCGUCAAGAACGCGCAAGCAGAAGGUUUUCAAGAGGAAAUAUUAGUUCUUCGACAAGCAAAACAAAUAAAGCACUCCAGUAAAUUGCUAUCAUUACAUCCUUUCCUGGAUGAUCAAGGAUUACUUAGAGUGGGGGGUCGUUUACGAAACGCACCCUUGUCUUUUUCGCAAAAGCAUCCUAUUUUAUUGCCCGCUAAUCACAAAUUAACCAGAAUUGUCAUUGAGCGCGAACACAAGCGACUUCUACAUGCUGGUCCUCAAGCUUUAUUGGCUGCUAUUCGACGAAAAUAUUGGCCCCUACGUGGAAGAGAUAUUGUUCGUAAGGUUUAUCAUUCGUGUGUCUGGUGUUCACGUCGCCAACCUCACGCCUCUUCACAACUGAUGGGUAACUUGCCAGCUGACCGUGUUACACCUAGCAGACCAUUUUAUAAUUGCGGUGUGGAUUUUGCAGGUCCUUUUAUCACUCUAUUAAGCAAGGGACGAGGUCGAAAAACUACGAAAAGCUACCUCGCUCUAUUCGUAUGUUUCGCUACAAAGGCUAUUCAUCUGGAAGCCGUCAGUGAUCUAAGCACAGAAGCCUUCUUAGCUACGUUAAAACGCUUCAUAGGACGUCGAGGUUGUCCGCAGAAAAUAUAUAGCGACAACGCUACUAAUUUUAAAGGUGCACAGCGUGAAAUCAGUGAAAUGUACACGUUUCUUCAGCAGCAAGUAAAGGGAUCAUUACAUAAGAAGCUACUCGAAGAAGGUCUUCAAUGGAUCUUUAUUCCGCCGUAUUCUCCUCAUUGGGGCGGACUUUGGGAAGCAGGUGUGAAGUCCUGCAAAAAUCUUCUAAGAACUGUAUUGGGAAAUUCUAAUUUCACCUUUGAAGAGUUGUGCACUGCCCUCAUACAGGUGGAGAGCUGUUUAAACUCACGUCCUUUAUACGCUUUAUCUAACGAUCCCUCUGAUCUAGAACCCCUUACUCCAGGGCAUUUCCUCGUAGAAGGUCCACUUACUUCUUUGCCCGAAAUUAACCUUCAAGAUAUAAAUAUCCAUCGUCUUAAUCGAUGGCAGUUAGUACAAAGAUCUUGUCAAGAUUUUUGGAAACGGUGGGCGGCAGAAUACGUUAGCUCCUUACAAGGCCGUUUCAAAUGGCAAAAAACGCAACAAGAUCUUCAAAUCGGCGACUUAGUUAUUAUAAGAGAAGACCAUACUCCUUCUUACCAAUGGAAAUUAGGUAGAGUUACCGAAUUGCAUCGCGGUCAAGAUAAUUGUGUCCGUGUCGUGACUAUUCGAACUGCGAGCGGUGUAACCAAGCGUGCAAUUAAUAAACUAUGUAAAUUGCCUAUUAAAGAUAAGGAGGAAGAUUAUGAUUAA